AUGUCUUUUCUGGAUGUCUUAGUGCAGCGGGACGAACGUGGCCUUUUGACUCAUAAGGUGCAUAGAAAGGCUACACACACCGACAGGUACCUGCAAGCUGACUCGCACCAUCACCCUGCGCAUUUGUCUUCGGUGCCACGCGCUCUCAUCAACAGGGCUUUACGGCUCUGUGACCCGCAGUACGUGCAAGGCGAGCUGCAGCAUGUAAGGCAGGUGUUAGAGAAGAAUGGGUACAGUUGGAGACAGAGUCAGCGGGCGGCAAGUGCGAGCACGUUACGGCGAACACAUACGGUCGAGAGAGCGCCUGUUUUCUUGCCUUUCAUUAAAGGAGUAACGGAUACCAUUGGACGCCUAUUACGCCGUAGGUUUAGCAUGAGGACAAUUUUCCGCCCCCACACAAAGGUAAGGCAGGUGCUGCGCUCUCCUAAAGAUAAGGACCCACUGGGUAGCCCGGGGGUAUACGAGAUACCUUGUGACUGUGGUAGAGCGUAUGUCGGCGAGACUGGAAGGAAUGUCUCCGCGAGGUUGUCGGAACACAUACGAAGCGUGAAGAACAUGGACACCAGGAAUUCCGCAGUGGCAGAGCACGCGUACGAUACCGGCGCGUCCCAUUUUAUACGCUUCGAUAGAGCAAGGUUGUUGGUACGGGAGAAAUGUUUUGUACCACGCAAAGUUCUCGAGGCCAUUGAAAUCGGACGCCGCCCUAAUUUCAAUCGGGACGGAGGCUGGAUGUUGCCACCAGCAUGGAAACCGGUAAUACCUAAUGUGAAGCGGAAAAUGUGUUUUGACAAUCGUGUGGACACAGUGAGUGCAGUGUGCUUACCUCCAUCGGUCGACACAGCCGCGCUACCAGAACUCUACACAACAACUACAGCAGCAGACUGCUCUGCGCCCCCCUCCCCCGUCCUAUCAGCCCGCGCGCAGCGGGCGGAGCGUAAAAUGAACAAGCACGAGGAUUGA